AUGGCGACGAAGGCACAGGAGAGCAACGUGAUCAGCCUCACUGAUCUCAGCAAACACAACUCCAAGACGGACUGCUGGAUAGCUGUUCAUUCCAAGGUUUGGGACAUCACUGAUUUCAUCAGCGAGCAUCCUGGAGGCCCUUCAGUCCUUCUUAAAUGCGCUGGCUCGAAUGCCACAAAGAUCUUCGACAGUGUUCACGCACCUGAUAUUCUCGAAGAGCUUCCAGAAGAGAAGUUCAUUGGCGUUUUGAAGGAUGCCACUCCAGACGUUCCGGCUGCAGCAUCACAGCCAGAAGGCCAGAAUGGAGUAGCUACAGCUCCGGCGGAGGUUGCGCAAACACCUGGCUCGGCGCAAGAAGAGGACGUUGUCCCACCUCUGGAGACGAUCCUCAGCGCCCCGGACCUCACAGCCGUUGCGUCUAAGGCUUUGACGCCCAAGACAUGGGCUUUCUACUCUUCUGCCGCAACGGACCUGAUAACACAUACAAAGAACAAGGAGCUCACGAGGAGAAUCAUGAUAAGGCCGAGGAUUCUGAGAAAUGUUUCCCAUGUCGACUUCAAAACCAACAUUCUUGGCUUCGAAAGCUCGGCUCCAUUCUUUAUCUCGCCAGCAGCCAUGGCCAAGCUAGUGCAUCCAGAUGGCGAGCUCGCUCUGAGUCGUGGUGCAGCAAACGAGGGCAUCAUCCAGAUCAUCUCAAGUAACGCCUCAUACACUCUAAAGUCAAUCGUUAACGCGGCUCCACCGAACCAACCAUUCUUCUUCCAGCUCUACAUCAAUGCAGAGCGCCACAAAACAAUUGAGAUUCUGAGGUCUGCCAAGGCACUCGGAAUCAAGGCUAUCUUCGUAACAGUCGACGCACCUGUACCUGGAAAGAGAGAGGCCGACGAGCGAGCUGCUCAGGCAGGAACAAUCCGGUCAGCAAUCAGCAAUGCUGAAAGCAGCAAGGAUAAGAAGGGCAGUGGACUGGGACGUCUCAUGGCUCAGUAUAUCGACAAGUCUAUCACAUGGGAGGACCUGACCUGGAUCCGGGAGGCGAGUGGAGUGCCAAUCGUGCUCAAGGGUGUGCAAACUGCGGAUGAUGUUCGCCUGGCCGUCGAGUACGGGGUCGAUGGUGUUCUUUUGAGCAAUCACGGAGGUCGUUCACUCGAUGGCGCGCAAGCAUCGAUCCUCGUCCUUCUCGAGCUUAGAGAGCAGUGCCCCGAGGUCUUCGAUAAACUCGAAGUAUACAUAGACGGAGGGUUCGAGCGUGGCUCAGACAUCCUGAAAGCAAUCGCAUUGGGAGCAACUGCUGUUGGCGUUGGUCGGCCGUUCCUGUACUCCCUGGUUUAUGGCCAAGAAGGAGUCGAACACCUGGCGCAGAUCCUGAAAGACGAGAUCGAGACGUCAAUGCGACUUUGUGGUAUCACGAGCUUGAGCCAGGCAUCGCCGGCAAUGGUGAACACUCUGGAUGUGGAUUACAUGGUCAUGUCAGAGGCGCAAUCGCGACAGAAGAGACCUCUCAGGAAGCCGCGGUCGAAGCUGUAA